AAUUCGCACAGAAUCAUAAACAUAGAAUCUCAAAUAACCUAUUUGGGCAAUUUAAAUAAAAAAUGUUGAUUUGGGGUUGAGUCUCACUUUAAGAACUACCGUCUGUGUAAAUGGAUCGUUUGUUCCGCCACUCAGUUGUGUGGGUUUAUGAAAUUCUCGCUUUCACUUUCUUUUCUUGGUAAAACUUCGCUGUGGAGAAAUUAAAGUUUCGUCUGUCCACGCAUCUGCUGCGCUCUGACACGUCUACUCGCAGAGGUCACUAUGGAGAAAAAAAGCGAAGAUAAACCCGGUGUGGGUUUCUUGUUUGGACUUCCCAGCAGCUCCUCCUCCUUUGUUCCUCUAAGCAAUCCUUCGCCUCCUGCUCCUACUUUGACCUCAUCCAGGUUCACUAUUUCCAGUCAGUUACAAAAUGACAGCACAAAAGAGAAAAAGAAGGGAAAACCUGUAGAAAUCCCAGUUUUUACAGGAUUUCAGUCAAAACUGGAAUCUCAGUGGAGAGAUGUUCAGUGGACCGAAGAGCAGAAGAAAAGCCUGAUGAAGGCUGUUAGCUCCUACAGACCCAGCUGUAAGGAUGUGCCUCAGGCCCGGGUUCUCCUCCUCGGACCGGUUCGUUCUGGGAAGUCCAGUUUCAUCAGUUCAGUCCAGUCUGUGUUUAAUGGGAGAGUGACGAACCGUGCCAUGGUGGGCUCCUCCUUCAACACCAGCUUCACUAAAAAGCUACAGUCCUUCAACAUCCGUGGUCAGAAUGGGGAGGACAACACCGGGCUGGUGCUGUGUGACAUCAUGGGCCUCGGCGACGGAGAGACGACCGGGUUGACGCUACACGACAUCCUGUCCGUGAUUAAAGGCCACGUUCCUGAAGGGCACAAGUUCAGUCCGGAUCAACCAGUUGGCACAGAAACGGCGGGGUACGUGAAGACGCCCAGCCUCAGGGACAGAAUCCACUGUGUGGCCUUCAUGGUGGACGCCUCGAAGAUUUCAUCCUACCACAAAGGCUUCGGCUCCACCUUCAAACAGCUGCGAGAGUACAUCAGCGAGCUGGGGGUUCACCAGGUGGCUCUGCUGACCCACGUUGACCAGAUUUGUCCAGAAACGGCCAGAGAUGUGAGCAAUGUUUACAAGAGCCUGAGCGUUCGAGAUACGAUGAACAAAGCCGGAGCUCUUCUGGGCAUGUCCACCUCCUACAUCGUUCCAGUGAAGAACUACGCGUCAGAGCUGGACCUGGACCUGAACACCGAUGUGCUUCUGCUCAGCGCCGUUGACCACAUCCUGCAGUACGUCGACAUAUUUUUCCAGGACUACGCGCCUCGGCACACGGGGUCAAAGAUGAUCUGAUGCUUGAGCUCCUCAAACAUUACGUUUUCAUUUAAAGCAAGUCUGAUAUGAGCACUUAAGGGGAACAAACUCUGUAGCAAACUUUCAAGCAAAUUAAAUUUUUUUCCAAGCUUUAACAGCUAACUGAGUGAACUCAUUGUUUUGUGUUGUCUGUUACUUUUGAAAUUGCACAACUGUUUGAAUAAGUUUUGUGAAUGAUGAUGUGUGGCAUAUGCCUAAACCAGUUGUGGUCUGAAUUUCAGCUUUUAACUGAAGAAAAAGGAAAUAAAGGGUAUUGAUUUCAGUUUCAA